CGUCGUGCUGUCGUUGGCAACGGCGGAGGCUGGAGCGGGAAGGAUACAACUCUAGCAGUUGUCAAAUCAAAACUGUUGUUAACUCGCUUCCCGGGAGAACUGGAAAAGGUCUCUUAUCUCCAAAUAAUGUGAAACUAAAUGUGUUAUCAUAGUUCUUCACUGUGGCAUUCUGAUAAGGAGCUUUACUGUUAAUUUAGCUGUCUGUUUGCUAGCUAACCUCUCUAAAGCCCCACUAGCUGCUCGUGUUCUCAGCUGCAGACACUGAGACAUCAACAUCUCCUGUUUGAAGCAUUGUGUAUCAAUGGCCUCCAAAGGUUGGCAGCAUCCUUACGUCAACAUAUUCAAACAUGUCAGGGUUGAAGACUGGAAACGGUCGGACAAAGAGGGGGAAGUGUCAACAUGCACGGACAAGCGCCUGAAGUGCUCAGUGUUCAGGAUCAGAGGUCCUGUUCCUGCCAACAGCUUCAUCAAGAUACCCAAAACCAUCAACCAGUCUCUGGGGCUGACCGGUCGCUUCUUCUACCUUCUCUUCAGGCCCACCCCCGGAAAAUACUUUGUGGUCCACCUGGAUGUUUCUGUCGAGGAGGGCCAGGUGGUCCGUAUCUCUUUUUCCAACAUGUUCAAAGAAUUCAAAUCCACGGCUACCUGGCUUCAGUUUCCUUUCUUGUGCGGAGCUGCAAAGGAUUCAGUCUAUGAAAGCACAGCUAAAUCUGCAAGACAUGGCUUAGUGGGUCCUGCUCCCACGUCAGUGCGUUGGACCUGUCUGACGCUGGAUCUGCAGUACACUCUCUCCGUCUACCUCAACCGCUGCUACAGUCAACUCAAGAGCAUUAAGCUUUGUGCCAACAUGGCAGUGAAAAACAUGUUCACCAGCAACCUGCUGCUAGAUCCAGGUCUUUCCUUCAGUGAAGCCAAGCUGAUGGGUCUGGUUUCUUCAGAGGGAACGGGUCCCGUCCCCAGAGACAUGUCAUUUCCUGUUCCCAAAGGAGGCUCCUGGCACGACCUCUACGAUCACAUCAGGUUUCCCUCAGAGGGAACGAAGCUACCCUUUGACUCCAUUCAAAAAGACCCUCCCAGGCCCGAGGCUAGUUGUGUCUCUGACCAAAGAAGACCAAUUAGAGAGGAGCCUUGCUUUGUCAGCCUCAGCAAACCAGUUCAGGACCGAGUGUCCCUCAUCCAGCAGAUCACCGCUCCAAAAUCAAUCCCAAGGAAUCAACCCCCCAUGGUGGUGACUGAAAUCCCAGAGCUAGGUCUAGUUUCUACUCACCACAGUGAUGAUUCCCUCGGCCAAAAUACUGACCAGCAUCAGCAGGAGACAACUAGUUCAGAGCAGUUCACAUCCAGGCCCUUCUGGGACACCGAUGACGGGGGCGUUCAUGUUCACCUUCAUCCUGAGGACGGCUUCAUCCAACACGGGGAGGAAAGUGAACUAGAGUUUGCUUGCACUCCAGUUCCACGCCCGGUGCAUCUAUCAUCAUCCAACGAAAGCAGACAGCAGAAGCUGCUCCCAGACCCCAUUCUCAGGCUCAAUCGAAUCAUCGGCUUCGGAGGAGCCACUACUAAAUAUGCCCUGUGGAGCAAAUCGGGUGAUGAAGUCGUGUAUCCGUGUCACGCAAUCAUCGUCUCCAUGAAGAUAUCGCCAAACCAGCAGAGAUUCUUCAUCGGACACACUGAUAAGGUCUCUGCUCUGGCUUUUAAUGGCAACACAACACUGCUGGCCUCAGCACAAACCGGCAGCCACAGUGUAGUCAGAGUGUGGGAUUACCAUAAGGGAAAGUGCCUGGCCAUGUCCAGGAUUCAUGCUCAUUCAUUGUCCUCUCUGAGCUUCUCAUACAGCGGUAGUAUUCUCUGUGGAGUGGGUAAAGACAGCCACAAUAAAACUAUGGUGGUCGUCUGGAACACUAUGAACGUUAGUGAAGGUGGAGAAGUGAGCAUUAUAGCCAAAGCUCACACAGAUGUGGACAUACACACCAUGAAGGUGGCCUUCUUUGAUGAUACAAGGAUGGUGUCAUGUGGUCGGGAUAAUAUCCGUCUGUGGAGAGUGAGGAAUGGAACGCUGCGCUCCUGUCCCGUCAACCUGGGUGAAUACCACUCACUGGACUUCACCGAUGUGGCCUUUGAGGAGGGAAACUCUUUCCACCAGCAUCUUGAUGAUCGAACACUAUUUGCCAGCAGUCGGAGUGGCUACAUCUUUGAGAUCGACUACAGCAGAGUGGUUGUUAGAAACGUCAGGCGGCUGUUACCUGCUCAGCAGCAGCAUGCAGACCACAGGGAGAAACAGACUUUUAACUCAGGUCCAGGCAUUGCCAUCAACAGCAUCAGUGUGUCCUCAUCAUUUUGCGCCACAGGUUCUGAAGAUGGCUUCCUGAGACUCUGGCCCCUGGAUUUUUCCGCUGUCUUCCUGGAGGCUGAGCAUGAAGGACCUGUGAGCCUGGUGUCAGUCUCUUCUGACAGCCUUCAGGUGCUGGCAGCCACCUCCACUGGUAACCUGGGUUUCCUCGAUGUGAGCAGCCGCGGUUACAACACGCUGAUGAGGUCACACACUGACACGGUGCUCGGCUUCAGCGUGGAUGGCAUCCGCCGGCAUCUCACCUCAGCCUCCUCCGACGGCACCGUGCGCAUUUGGAACAUGGAUUCCUUGCAUCAGUUGUAUGAUUUCGCAUCAGAGGACAGCCCCUGCUCGGUGGCUUUCCAUCCCAGCGAGCAGGUCUUCUCUUGUGGCUUCAGCUCCGGCAUCGUCAGAGUCUUCGACAUCUCCGCUGCCAAGCUGCUGGCUGAACACAAGCAGCACAGAGGUGAAGUGGUGGGUCUGGCCUUCUCACCGGACGGGGAGUUCAUGUACAGCGCUGACUCUCAGGGCUCUCUGGCACUUUACAACGCCUCAGAGGAAGACCUCAACGUGAUCAGAGUUGUGUGUAAUGUGGUGGCUCGAGGCACUGAGCACGCUCCAGACGCUCUCGCUGUGAGCAGCGACAGCUGCUGUCUGGCUUUCAUCGGCCCCUCGGAGUACAUCGUCACCAUCGCUGACUCGCGCUCUCUGGAUGAGUUGCUCCAUGUAGAUGUGAGUAUUUUGGACGUGCAGAGCCCCCGUCUGGAUUCUGCUCUGAGUGUCUGCUUCUCUCCGGCCUCCACUGAACACUUGUUGGUCGCCACAUCUUCUAACAAGAUCCUCUGGGUCAGCACCAAGACAGGCCGCCUGCUCCGAGAGGUGUCCAAGGUGCACAAACACCAGUGCUCGUCCCUGGCUGUGAGUGAGGACAGUCGGUUCCUGCUGACGGCGGGACACAAUGCUGUCAAAGUGUGGGAUUACAACAUGCAGCUCCAUAUAAACUCACAGAUGUUUAUCGGACACAGUCAGCCAAUCCGCCAGGUGGGCUUCACCCCCGACCAACUGGGCGUGGUCUCAGUGGGAGACGCCAUUUUCCUUUGGGACUUCCUGGCACUUCCUGUCGACUCUUUGACUGACAGCCGUUCACCUCUGGUAAUAAGACACACCCCUGCUCCUAAAUCAGUUCAACCACACACUGAAGUGAAUGGAGUUCGGUUGUCCAAUGGGAUGCCUCGACGCACGGCUCCUCUUCCCUCCUCUCCGCCACCACGACUCGACAUCAGCACCCUCGACCAAGUUGACCAGGGGGUUUUGGGCUCCUUGUCGAUAUGUGAUGACCCCCCAACAGUCCCCCCCGCUUCAGUUGCAGACCCUUCCUCUGACCCCAGACCUCCAUCCUCCUUCCUGAGAGUCACAGAGCUGACCCACACAUCUCCACUCAACUCAAGUCUUACGGACGCUGUUGAGUUGAAAGGAAAGAAGCCAGUACGUCCUGAUUGUUACAGGCACUUUAUUCCACGCUUCAAGACCUCCACUCUGGAUCAGGCUGCAGUGGCUCCUCAGGCAGGAGAAGAGGGCAUAAAGCUGAAAGCAGUCAUCGGCUACAAUGGAAACGGCCGUAGCAACAUGGUGUGGAGCCCUGACCGAGGUUUGUUUGCGUACUCGUGUGGCUGUGUGGUGGUGGUGGAGUAUCUUCACACAGGAAGUCAGAGACACCUGCAGGGCCACAGCGAGGAGAUCUCUUGUCUCGCAGUCACACAUGAUGCACAGACGGUGGCAUCAGCAGCUGGAGGCAGUAACGCCAGCAGGAGCCUCAUCUGCAUUUGGGACGUCCAGAAUGGAACCUGUCGGAGUACCAUCUCCUACCACAGGGGGGCGGUGCAGAGUCUGGCCUUCUCAAGGGACGAUCGCUUCUUUCUCUCUGUUGGAGACUUCUCUGAGCCAGAGGUGGCUCUGUGGAGCAGUAAGACUUUCCAGCUGCUGUCCAGUGUGAGUAUGUCGGGGCCGCUCCAUGACGCAGCGUUCAGCCCCUCCGCGGCCGGCCAGCUGGCCUGCGUGGGCCGCCAGGGGGUUUUCUUCUGCCUGAUCCACACACAGGGUUCAGAUGUAGACCUCAAGGUGCAGAGGGUGAAAGCCCCCUCAGAGGUGGGCGAGGUGGAGCUGACGGCGCUGUGCUACCACACCGACUCCUUCCUGUUCACCGCCACCAAUCGAGGACACGUUUGCGUCUGGGACGUAAACACACAGCGCUGCUUCAUGACCUGGGAGGCCGAUGAGGGAGAGAUUGGAGUGCUGCUGUGUCGGGGGAACCAUCUGUUGACGGGCAGCAACACCCGCUGGUUGCGUCUGUGGGAGGUAGAAGCUGUUCGGGGCGUGAAGCCUCAGGAAAAGGUCUGCAGCGGGGAAGACAGUGGCACCUCGGUGGUGUUGGAGCAGGAGAUAAUGCUGGACGGGACGACGGUCAGCGCUGCAUUUGAUACCUCGAUGGACAUGGGCAUCGUUGGCACCACAGCGGGAACCCUCUGGUACAUCAACUGGUCGGACUGCAGCAGCAUCCGGCUGGUCAGCGGGCACAAGACCCAGGUGAAUGAUGUGGUGUUCAGCUCUGACGAGAGACAUUUUGCCACCUGCAGCGAGGACGGCAGUGUGAGGGUGUGGUCGGCGCCUAGCAACGAGCUGGUGGUGCAGUUCCAGGUGCUCAACCAGGCCUGCGGCUGUGUGUGCUGGAGCCCUUCUUCCAGCACCGAGAGUGCAUGUGUGGCUGGAGGAUACAGCGAUGGGACUCUGAGGAUCUUCAGGCUUUCCUCCUCAGAGAUGGAGAUGAAGCUGCAUCCUCAUCAAGUGGCCGUCACUGCCAUCCAGUACUCAGCUGACGGUCAUGUGAUCCUUUCAGCGGGGAAGAAUGGUCUGGUGGCUGUCAGCAGCCCGAUGAAUGGAGCAACUAUUCGUAUAAUCCGGGAUCACAAAGGAGCCCCGAUUACCACCAUCCAGUGUGUGAAUGAACAGUGUAAGAAUCUCAAACUCGAAGGAAAGGAGAUGUGGUUGGCUGCCAGUGCUGACAGACGCGUCAGUGUGUGGGCUGCUGAUUGGCUGAACGACAAAUGUGAUCUACUUGACUGGCUGACAUUUCCUGCUCCCGCCUAUAUCGGGGAUGACAGCCCACCUCCCAGCCUGGCUGCCUUCUGCCCCGCAGACCCCGGCCUGGUGGUCUACACCGGCUAUGGAGUGGAGAAAGAGCUGUCGUUCUACAGCCUGGCAAAGAAACAGAUAAUCAAAACGAUUGCCCUUCCCGACUGGGCCACAUGCUUAAGCCUCUCCUGUCACAGCCAACUCAUAGCUGUGGGAUCAAAAGGGCGGGUGUUGAAGCUGAUCAAGUCGUCCAGCGGCAGGUUCCAGGACUUCCUGCAGCACAGCGACUCGCUGCAGACGUGUCGCUUCUCGCCUUCAGGAAAACUUCUCUUCACUGUAGCUUAUAAUGAGAUCCUGCUGUGGGAGGUGCAGGACCUCUGAGGGCCUUUUUCACCCUCAAACACUUGUAGGUGUAUCCUCUUUCCCAGGUGCCUAGUUGAAAUGGGUUUUUUCUGUAGUUUUAUUGUUCCAUAUUUAUUUAUUUCUUAUCAAGUCGAGCUAUAAUUUGUAGAGAGGUUUUUUUGUAGAUAUGCCACAUAGAUUUUUUUUACGUGCAUUACAAUUUUUAAGAGAUUGAUUUGUAUGUCCAGUUUCUUGUCAUUUUUGACAAUUUUUGUAAGGUUUUCUUACUGUAAAUUUAAGAUUUGUAUAAUGAUACGUUGCUGUUAUUUCUAUUGUUUUUCAGUUGUAGAUAGAAUGAUGGUUUGUGGGCUGCUGAAGGAUGGUAUGGGGUUUAAAUAAAAAGCAGCAUGCAAAAUAAAAAACUAUAAUGCAA